UAACUACGUUUCCCCUCGAAUAACUCACCACCACAACACACAAAGUCGACAAGACCCAAAGACUUCUGGGUCCCAUCAUAAAACAGCAACAACUGUCUCUCUGCUUCUAAAAGACCUACGAAAAUGGCUUACGAUGCUUAUGGAAAGCAAGGGUUCAAUAACUUUAAUGCGACCUUUUCUCCAGGAAUGGGUGCUGGAGGGUUUGGUGAAUAUGACGGUGCUAGUCAACCCAGUGUCGACCGUCAACAAGGAGCAGGAAAUAAACUACGUCCCGUGACGAUUAAGCAAAUUUUGGACGCUACUCAAGUUCAUGCAGACGCAGACUUCAAGAUUGACGGUGUUGAAGUUGGCCAGAUUACGAUUGUGGGUGUCUUAAGAAACAUUCAUGCCCAAACAACAAACACCACAUACCAGGUGGAAGAUGGAACUGGUCUUAUUGAGGUCCGUCAUUGGGAGCAUGUUGAGGGCAUGUCGGAUUUGAGUACUGAUACAUAUGUUCGUGUGUACGGUAGUAUCAAGGUGUUUUCAGAGAAAAUUUAUAUUGCGUCCCAACACAUCCGAACCAUUAAGGAUCCUAACGAGGUUCACUUUCACAUUCUUGAGACCAUUGCAGUCCAUCUUUACUUCACCCGGAAACCACCAGCUGGUUCUAUCGAGCAAGCCGGUGCCGCAGGCACUACUAGCUAUGGUGCAAACGGCACGGGUGCUGUCGGGGACUCUCUCGAACAAAAACUUGCUGAAUAUUCACUGACACCAGCUCAGCUCGCCGUUAUGCAUGCCAUUCAUAAUGCUCCUGAAACUAACGAAGGCGUUCACCUUCGUCAAUUAACUCAGGCUGUUGGUCCCGGUAUUGAUGUCAAUGCCGUGACGGAGUUUUUGAUGCAAGAAGGCAUCAUUUACACAACCAUUGACGAAAACCACUUCAAGAGCGUCUUACAAGAUCAAUAAGCAAAACGUCGUCGUUGAGUGAAUCUUUACGCAUACAGUGCACCACACAAUUCAAAACUGUCCCUUCGCACACAUAAUGCGUGUUGCAUGCCUGUUCCCCGCCUGAUGAUACCCGCGCCUCGGCCUCCUCUUUCUCUCUCUCUCUC